AUGCCCCGGUAUCCGCAGCAAUCUCAAACGCUAGCACGGGUGCUCAGGAGCCCCAUAUUGACCAACCCGACGAAAUGGCUCUACGACGUGCCGAGAAAGCACUCGCACGAGUUGAGUGAAGAACGCGAUAUUUUCUACAACCGCCAGCAUUUGCAUUCAAAUCCCUUUGCACAAGCGUUGAUUCGAACCCGACCCGACUCAGGAUGGAGUGUUGUACCUGAGGGAAUAUCCAUCCCGCUCGCCGCUAGUAAAGCGCACGCUGAAGCGAAGCAAGAGCAAAAGAAGAAGAAGAAGAAACAGCAAAUUUGUACAUUGUCGCCAGUGUUGCAAGAUGAUAAAGUUGAUUCAACUAGGAGUCCUCUAUUUCGAGGGAUCAUCAACAACAAGCGAGUUAUUGAGGAUGUGAAGGAGAAGAACAAAUUUAUUGCCCGGUUCAGACUGUUUCUAGUGUGGAAGAUGGGAAUCAGCCAGGACGCAAGACCUGAACUAGCGCCAGACAUGGCUGGCCUCAUCGAAACGCACUAUCGCUCAAAGAUCCAGGAGAUGCUCGAGCUUGUUGGCGAUGAGCUUGAGCCAAGGUUGUCAACGAGGCAGCGAGAUGGGAUUUUGUGCACUUCGGUGGGAGGUUUGAGUCAAUGGCGAGAUGACCAUUUGGAGGUGAACAAGUCAGCUUUCGGAUUGGAGAAUGACAAAUUUGUGGAGUUUGAGAAACACCCAGAGUUGGCUAAACUUCUUGUAGCGUAUGCUGGAUACCAUAGCAACAACCCCGGCUCUUAG